AUGACAAGCUCAUCUAACCGGUCCGGAUUCACUCAAGCCAAGCAUCGCAACAUUUCUGUGUCAGACUCGGGACAGAUCAUGCCUGAUGCUCGAAAUCCCCGGGUUGAUGCAAUCAUCAAUACUCAAUCUCAACCAACGCCGUCAACUUCCUCCGUCUUUGACACCUCUUCUCCCACAUCUAUCGACUUCAAUUUUCCCUUUGCUGGCAGUCCUAAUGGGAGCAGCAAUAGUGGAAUCGAUGUUCCCCCGGAUCUUCGUCUAAGUCAUUGUCAAAGCCUUCCAAGCCGAGACUCAGGCCCGGAUGCGGCUCGUUAUACUUCUGAUAGAGUCCCCAGCCCACGGCACCGCGCCAGCCUUGCCAGCAUCGAUUCGGCCUUCGACCACGAUCUUUUCGGCGCAGCAGCCUUGAAACAAUGGACUUCGGCUAGUUCGGCCAAUCGACCGGUAAGAAAUGUAGACGCCUCACCAAGCAAACUAGCGGAACAAGAUGCGGGCAAGAAAUCGUCAGCGGAAGAAGAUAAGCCACCUCCAGCCUGGAGCGAGUUGAAGACCAAGGCUGGCAAGGAGAGGAAAAGGCUACCUCUAGCCUGCAUUGCUUGCCGACGCAAAAAGAUUCGGUGUUCGGGAGAGAAGCCCGCAUGCAAGCACUGUCUCCGAGCCAGAAUUCCGUGCGUCUACAAAGUCACCACUCGGAAAGCGGCUCCUCGUACAGAUUACAUGGCCAUGUUAGACAAACGAUUGAAGCGAAUGGAGGACCGGGUCAUCCGAGUGAUACCAAAGGAAGAACUGCCUGACCUGUCGGCCACUGGACGAGCGUCGGUUCGACCGCCUCUGCCAGGCCAGUCACCAAAGAAAGACAAGGAGCAGCCCAAGAAACGAUCAGCGGACGAAGCUUUCGCUCAAGAACUCAAUGACUGGAGGAGUUCACGGGAUAAGUCGACGCUCCUUGAUCCUACGGCAGGCCUGCGUAAGCAACGUGACGGUGAAAACAAGCUGUUCAUCGAAGGGUCUGAAUCCCUUCCACCGCAGCACAUUCAGGAGCACCUGGCCGAGGUCUUCUUUGACUGUGUCUAUGGCCAGUCCUAUCUUCUACUCCACAAACCCAGCUUCAUGCGCAAACUAAGGGCAGGCACGAUUCCCCCCGUUCUCAUUCUUGCAGUGUGCGCUAUCUCCGCUCGCUUCUCCACCCAUCCCCAAGUCAGCACCGAACCGGCCUUUCUCCGUGGGGAGCAGUGGGCAACGCCUGCACGUCGUAUUGUGGAAAAACGCCACUAUGAGCCCAACAUCACCAUUCUUACGGCCAUGUUGAUGCUAGGGCUACACUAUUUCGGCACGUGCGAGGGUGGCUUGUCGUGGUCGUUUGGAGGCCAGGCGAUGCGCAUGGGCUAUGCUCUGCAACUGCAUCGCGAACUCGACCAUGAUCCCCUGGGUCGGAACCAGAUCGCGAAUUCUAGCGAUCCAAACAAAAAGAGCCCAAACCCGCCUGAGUUGUCCUUUACUGACAGAGAGAUUCGUCGAAGGACAAUGUGGGCCUGCUAUCUGAUGGACACCUUUAACUCCUCAGGGACUGAGCGCCCUUCUUUCCUCAACGAAGAUUACUUUCAGAUCCAGCUACCCAUCAAAGAAUCUCAUUUCCAAAUGGAAGUACCUGGGGCCACCGAGGAUCUGUACGGCAACGUUCCCAUGUCAAAGAAGACCUCACUUAAUAACUCGGGCGACGAGUCCGUCGAAGCAAAAGCAAAUAUGGGCGUUGCUGCAUAUAUUGUCCGCGCCGUCGUGCUGUGGAAACGUGUCGUCAAAUAUUUGAACCUGGGCGGCAAGGACAAAGACCCGCAUCCAAUAUGGGAUGCUCUGUCACAGUUCGCCACUCUCCAACGACAGAUACAGCAGCUCAAAUCAUCUUUGCCAGAUGAUCUUACCUAUACUGCCGAAAAUUUAGCUGCGCACGCCUCGGGGCGUCUCGCGAGCCAAUUCCUUUUCUUGCACAUUGUCCUCGCACAGAUCUCGCUCUUCUUACACCGAUUUGCCGUCCCCACGGUGCCAUCUCGUCGACCACACCAUCAUCACCUCACCGCAGCCGGCAUGCCAAAAUCCUUCCUCAGCAACUCCGCGAGCACGGUUAUCGAAUCGGCGAACCUCAUUUCGAGCCUGAUUGCCGAAUCUGCCGGCUAUACCCUCACGGUCCCCUUCGCCGGCUACUGUGCGUAUGCGGCCGCGACGGUGCAAGUCUGGGGGAUUUUCAGCAAGAACGCCGGUCUCGAAGCGGCGUCCAAGGAAAACCUACGUCACAACUACAAAUACCUCACCCGCAUGAAACGGUACUGGGGUAUGUUCCAUUACAUGGCCGAGUCUAUCAAGGACAACUACCGUGCCUUUGCCGAUGCAGCCCUACGCCAUUCUCAAUCCAUGCACAGACUUGGUGGUGGUGCCGCCAGUUCUUCCAAUAGCCUUGGUGCGCCUUCACUCCUUCGCAGACCUUCCGCUGCCGACGGGUCUGGCUCUCAGACGCCCAUGAUGGACCUCGACGCAGGCACUGGUCUGACCAACCCACCUUCCCGGGCGGAGACACCUGGUGGUGACAUCAAGGGCACACACACCGCCGCAUCCUCGGUCGGAUCUGGAAAGGCCAUGUUCCAAUAUGGCGAUUGGUUCGACAAGUAUCCGCACGGCGUGAGCGAGAGUGAUUGGGAGAAAUCGCACUUGGAGUACAAACGCGAGGCCGGUGGCGCUGGGGAGGCCGUCAUGUCCCAACGCAGCGAUCUGCAGUCUGUCGAGGAGUUCUUCGCCAGCCUGAGUCCUCCGAGCAAAGCAGACGAUGGGCCUGGAGGCUCACGGGGAAAGAAGGUUGCGAGACGAAGGGGUAAGAGUGUGGCGGAGAACAAGAAGGGUGGUACAGGGGCUGGAAAUGCUACCGCUUUUGCUUCGUCUACUUCAGGCAAUGCAGGGCCGACUGCAGCUACACCUGGAACAGCUAAUGCUCAACGCCGACCAUCUCAAUCACAACUACCACAACCACAAUCCUCACAGCAACAGCAGUUGUCAGGUCCUACGGCGGAUCUUAACCUCACGCAGCCAUUCAACCCAUCCGAUUUCGAUAUCACCUCCCCGUCCUUGUACCAGACGCCCCAGUUUUCUGGUGCCCAGUCGCAACCAGGUGAACCGUAUAAUUACGGGGCUCCGACGUCGCCGCACCUCAACCUUCAUUUUGUUUCGACCUUACCGGCUAUUGACAGACAGAUGGUCUUUGGAGCAUACGCAAAUGUGGAUCCAUCGAGCCAUAGCAAUCUUGGAACCUCGACGAUGGAUACUCUCAAUAACGAUUCUCCUUCGCUGGGACAGUUCGGUAGCACCAACCCUUGGGACCAAUUGGAUACCAAUGGUUUUAGCUUCAAUGAUCCCAUGGCUGGAGGGACCGGCGGAAUGAUGGACACGAGCUCCUCCGCCUGGCUAUUACCAUUCAAUAUCGAACCGCCCAAUUAUGGCGGCAUGGAGGAUUUCGGCAACAGUGCGCUGGAUGGAAUGGACUUUGCUGACUCGGGCGCUGCUGGUGGUGGGGACGUCGGAGGACGCUUCGCGGACCAGAAUCCCAAUACGAGUACCGGAUGA